AACGGCUCGUAGUGCAGAGCGAGUGAGGGGAAGAGGAUCUCCGAAACCCUAGAAUGGACGCACACGUAGAGAAGGACAGAUCCAGCAGGAGAACCCGAGAAGAUAGAGAUCACAGAGACCGCCACAGAGAACGCGAACGUGAUCGCGAUCGAGACCACAAGCACCGGAGCUGCGAUGACGAUGAUAGGCGCCAUCGUGAUUCCGAUCGCCAUCACCAUCAUCGGUCCGACAGGGAUUCCAAGCGCGAACACUCGCACAAAUCCAGGCGUGAAAGAUCACCCGAGCUGUCGUAUGAUUCGAGGGAUGAGCGAGAAGGGAGCAGGGAUGGGGUUUACGAUAGAGAUGGGAAGCGUGAGUGGUCUCGCGAGCCUAGGAGUGAGAGAGAGGGAAGCAGAGAGAGGCCGAAGCAUCGGGCGACGAAGCGUGAGGAAUCAUACGAGGAGAGGGAUUCAGACCAUGAGUUUAGUAGUGAGCGGGAAGAGUCGGUGGAGAGAAGGCACUCAUCGUAUUCGCACAAGAGGAAAGAGAGGGAACACAAUGAAGAUAAGGAUAAGGAUGAUAGGGAGGAAAAGAGAACUAGGGUUUCUGGAGAGGAAGGAAAGGAGGAGAUUCGAGGACAAGUUUGAGGAGGGCAAGGAGUUGAAUGGUGGGGCCAGAGAAGGAAGGAGGGAGAGGAGGAGGUUUGGUGAUAAAGUGAAGAGGGAAGAGGACUUGGAAGACAAUGAAGAUGGAAAGCAAGUGAAGGUUAAGUAUGGGGAUAAAGUGAAGAAGGAAGAGAAUUUGGAAGACAAUGAAAAUGGGAAACAAGUGAAGGUUAAUGAGAUGAGAGUGAAGGAAGAACCCGACGAUCAGAAGUUCGACAAUGCCCAGGGUUCUGCCCAUGGGAAUGCUUUAGUUGGAAAUGGUUUUGCCCUGGGAUCUCAUAUUAGCACUUCAAGGAGUGUGCCUGAAGCAUCUAUGGUUUCUAGUCCUUCCCCUUCUAUCAAGGUAUCUAUGAUUUCUACCACAAAUGAAAAUAAGGGCGUUAGUAUUACCGGAUCUCAUGAGGUUACUGGAAAAUCUAGUACAGAUGGGUCAUCUUCAACUACUGGAAAGAGUGGAAACAUCUCUCUUGAUGCCUUAGCGAAAGCUAAGAAAGCUCUGCAAAUGCAGAAGGAGUUGUCAGAGAAGCUAAAGAAAAUUCCUCAGUUGAACAAGAGUUCUACCAAGAUGGAAGGAAGCACACAAUUAGGUUUACAGGAUGAAUCUAAGAUGCCUUCUGUUAGUGCUGGAGUGGCAGCUAUGACUGCCACAACGGCUUCUGCAGGGUCUGUUGCAAAUAUUUCUAAUUUUCCUGCAGCUGCAGCUGCUGCACAGCCGCCUACUGCUACGUCUGCUGCUCCUGCUGGUAUUGGUACUCUACCUAACUAUGAGGCUGUCAGACGAGCCCAGGAGCUUGCUGCCAGGAUGGGUUUUCGCCAGGAUCCACAAUUUGCUCCUCUCAUAAACAUGUUUCCUGGGCAGACGGUAACAGAUAUUACUGUCCCACAGAAACCCACCAAGGCCCCUGUUCUUCGUCUUGAUGCUCAGGGCAGGGAAAUAGAUGAACAUGGAAAUGUUGUUAAUGUGAUUAAGCCAAGUAACCUUAGCACGUUAAAGGUCAACAUUAACAAACAGAAGAAAGACUUAUUCCAAAUAUUUAAACCUGUGUUGGAUGUCGAUCCCGAGUCUAAUCCCCAUUUUGAUGAAAGAAUGGGCAUCAACAAAACAAAACUCCUAAGGCCCAAGAGGAUGAGUUUCCAAUUUGUAGAGGAAGGAAAAUGGUCAAAAGAGGCUGAAACAAUAAAAUUGAAGAGUAAAUUUGGAGAAGCUCAAGCUAAAGAACACAAAGCAAAGCAAGCACAAUUGGCUAAAGCUAAGGCAGCACCUGAUAUAAAUCCAAACUUGAUUGAAAUAACAGAAAGAGUAGUAAUCAAAGAAAAACCCAAGGAGCAAAUUCCAGAAAUUGAGUGGUGGGACGCGCAUCUUUUGCGUUAUGGAACUUAUGAUGACAUUGCUGAUGGAACCAUAAUAAAGAUGGAAAAAAUUACUAUUUAUGUUGAGCAUCCUCGUCCAAUUGAACCACCUGCUGAGCCUGCUCCGCCCCCACCUCAACCUCUAAAGCUAACGAAGAAAGAGCAAAAGAAACUCCGUACACAGAGGCGUUUGGCUAAGGAGAAAGAGCGGCAAGAGAUGAUUAGACAGGGUGUCAUAGAACCCCCCAAACCAAAAGUAAAGAUCAGCAAUUUAAUGAAAGUUCUUGGCUCUGAGGCAACUCAGGAUCCUACCAGGCUGGAAAAGGAAAUACGUAGUGCUGCUGCUGAGCGUGAGCAGGCUCACAUAGACAGGAAUGUUGCUCGCAAGCUUACUCCUGCUGAGCGCAGGGAAAAGAAGGAGAAGAAGCUUUUUGAUGACCCUAACACUGUGGAGACACUUGUUUCAGUUUACAAGAUCAACGACCUUUCACAUCCGAAGGCUCGCUUCAGAGUUGAUGUCAAUGCUCAAGAGAACCGUUUGACUGGGUGUGCAGUAAUAUCUGAUGGUAUUAGUGUUGUAGUGGUUGAAGGUGGGAGCAAGUCAAUUAAGAGGUAUGGGAAACUCAUGCUUCGUCGCAUUAAUUGGAGUGAGUUUUCAAAAGAGGAAGAAGAACAUGAAGAAUCGGAUGAUGAGAAACCUGUCAAUAAAUGUGUUUUAGUGUGGCAAGGGAGUGUUGCCAAACCAAGUUUCAAUAGGUUUUUUGUCCACGAAUGCAUGACUGAAGCAGCUGCCCGUAAAAUUUUUGCUGAUGCCGGUGUUGGUCACUACUGGGACCUUUCAGUGAACUAUGUAGAGCAAUAGAAGAUGGUGUAUAAUUUUGAAAGCUGUACAAGCAUCUUGUCUUCUAGCUGCCUUGACUCAUUAGUGGUGAGUGAUGAGUUCUACAGUUUGCAGUUUGCAAUAUUAUAUGAUAAAACCAUCAAGAAUAAGAUAGUUGCUAAUGCUUCCUUGUUUCUGAAGCUCAAUGAUUAGAUUUGGUAGAUGUAAUUGUUUGUUCAGUGAUUGUGAUAAUGUCCAUUCAAAGUCUUUGAGGAUUAAUUGAUCGUGCGUGAUGUCACGCUCACUACAUUUUCCUCUCAUUCAGGACUUGCACCCACAUGUUCCCCAAUUUGUAAAGUUUCUAUAUCGGUUGCUCUUCAGGAAAUAUGCUGCUAAUUUCCUUUUUAGCUGUCUCUUGUAUGCUCUACAUAACCAAGGCGGCGAUGCCAAUAAAUCCAUAUGUGGGUGUUGGCGUGCGAUAGAACGAACUUGUGAUGAUGACGAAGAUGUGGAAGGGAAACGUCUUGCAAGCACAAUUUCGACAUUAGAAAAUAAAAUUAGAGUUCUCAUCAGUGUGACGGUUGGCUACGUUUUGUGAGAAACUAAAUGUAGGUAUCGUAUGUCACCAAAAAAAUGUGGGUAUCGUAUGCUACGUGUAAUUUCAGAAAUUAGACCUACUUUUUUACUACUGACAAGUACGAUGGCUUACUGAGAAGCCAUCUAAAUCUUGUGGAGACCUUUU